UUUGUAUACAUCGAGAUCUAUAAAAAAAGGAUAUUGUACAAAUGAAUAUACACAAAAAAAAUUCUCCAUAUUCCAAUUCCUAUUAUUUAAUAGCGAUACUUUCCCAAUAAGAUUAUCAAAAUAAAGGGUCGACAGAUUCCAACCAUCCGAUUAGUAUUACUCUGCCCAAAUUAUCAAUAGAGAAAAAACAUUCAAAAAAUUUUGAAACCAAUCUCACUACAUUCACGCAACAAAAAAUAUAUUUUCUUGCAUUCAGGAAUCACCCCCAAAUCAUUUUUUUCUUCCAAUAACAUCAUUUUUUGAAAAUGGGAUUUAGCAGAGGCGAUCUAGUUGAAGUAGAAAGCAAAGAAGAUGGAUUUCUGGGUUCUUAUUAUGAGGCAAUUGUUGUGUGUCAACCUCUCAAGAAAGAUUACAUCGUGCAGUAUAAGACCCUAUUGAAAGAUGACCACUCUGGUCCGUUGACGGAGUUUGUUACCCUCUCAGAACUCCGGCCAGUUCCGCCGGAGAUUUCGGUGAGUGGGUUUAAUUUGAAUGAUCAAGUCGAUGCUUUUGGUAAUGAUGGAUGGUGGGUUGGAAGAAUUACUGGUAAAAUUGGAAGUAAGUAUUUUGUACACUUUGAAUCUAGUGGGGAUGAAUGUGGUUAUGCUGUAAGUGAUUUGAGAGUUCAUCAAGAUUGGAUUAAUGGGAAAUGGGUUUGUUCAAAAGAGAUUGUAAAUUGUUAUUGAAGUAGAAAUUUGUGUGUUUAUUUGAGUCUCUGUUUUGGGGAAUUCCUCAUAUUCAGGCUUGAAUUUUGUUUAUAUAGUUUUGUAGUUUAUUCUAUUGUUGAUUUCUCAUGAA